UGACAGUGUGGCUCAGAGGCGGAAGACCAUCCAGUCCAUGCGGAAGAGCAGCGGUUGUUCUCUGUGGUUGGAUGUACGGCAGCUAAUCUGCACUGCAGGGUCUGUCAGACCUUUCACUUUGUUUCUCUUCUGGCAACUAAAGCUUAUAAUGCGUUUGUCAUCGUGUUUUUUUUAUAUAUAUAUAUACAGUGGGCGAUAGAGUGUUAAAUAACACUAUGUAAAAAUAGAGUCACUAGCUGUCUGUUUCCAAAGCUCUCCUGUGAAGGAAGCUGACUUGUAUGAACGGUUGACAUCAGAGCCGGGGCCCUGCAUCUCCAUCACCGGCUAUUAGUGUUAGCGAGCUUAAGUGUCGGUCCAGUCCUCACUUCCAGUCGAAUAAAUGGAUGAAUGACAGUGAUUGCCGUAGAUCGUAUGAAGAAAACCACAGUACCUGGAAAGAACAUCUAACUUCUUCAACCACACAAUAUUGUCCCAGUGCUGUCAGGACCAUGAAGGAGAAAGAACGGAUAAUUCCUCCUGCAGCGACUUCAUAAUUGUUAUCAAAGUUCAAGAGAAAUUUGGUAUUAAAAAAAGUAAAAACUCUACACACACACACUAUACACUUUACACAUUUAAAUACAUUGCAAAUGUACAUUGCAAAUGUUGGAUACAAAUACAUUUGUAUGCAACUAUAUGCUCAUUAUUUCUCACAAGAGAAUGAGUUGGCACAUGGCUAUUUUUCAGAAUCAAAUCAGGAUCCUAAAAAAACGUUGGCACUCCUCUUACAGAUAUAUCAAAUAUUUACAGUGUUUGUAGUAGGGCUGCAACUUAUGACUAAGUUGCUGACAUUGUGGUAGGUUGAUACAGAGGAGCAGGCGUGAUUUUUGUUACAGAUUCAUAAUCACUUACUGAUGCAAUUUCCUCUCAAUGGGUGUUGAACCAUUGGUUAAUGUUGUAACUUUACUGGAUUACAGGUGUGGUGAGUCACAAUGUCUAUGAUGGAAAAGACUUAAACCUUGGUUCAACACAGAACUAAUAUUGCUGGUGUGGUGUAUAUAUGUCUCCUUGGUGAUUUUACUUAGUAUAAAAAAAACCUGCCCAGUAGAAUGAAUGCAGAGGAAGUGGAGCUGCUCGGUGACUCCAAGUACAGGAACUAUGUGGCAGCGGUGGACAAAGCCCUCAAGAACUUUGAGUACUCCAGUGAGUGGGCAGAUCUCAUCUCUGCACUGGGGAAACUCAACAAGGUUUUACAGAACAAUGCAAAAUAUCAAGUGGUUCCCAAGAAGCUGACAAUAGGCAAACGGUUGGCCCAGUGCCUCCACCCCGCCCUGCCCAGUGGUGUCCAUCGUAAGGCCUUGGAAACGUAUGAGAUCAUCUUCAAGAUCAUUGGCUCAAAGCGUCUUGCCAAGGAUCUCUUUCUAUACAGCUCCGGGCUCUUCCCUUUACUUUCUAAUGCUGCUAUGUCUGUAAAGCCUGUGCUUUUGGGGCUCUAUGAAACCUACUACCUGCCCCUGGGGAAAACUCUGAAGCCAGGUCUGCAAGGACUGCUGACUGGGGUCCUGCCUGGUUUGGAGGAAGGAUCUGAGUACUAUGACAGGACUAACACCCUGCUUGAGAAAGUGGCUGCAGCCGUGGAGCAGUCGGCCUUUUACAGUGCCUUGUGGGGCAGCAUCCUGACCAGCCCUGCUGUGCGUCUCCCUGGGAUUUCCUUUGUCCUCCUGCACCUGAAUCGUAAGCUCUCCAUGGAAGACCAGCUUUACAUCAUCGGCAGUGACAUCGAACUCAUGGUAGAGGCGGUCAGUACCUCCGUCCAGGACUCCAGCGUGUUGGUGCAGAGAAGCACCCUGGACCUGAUCCUCUUCUGCUUCCCCUUCCACAUGAGCCAAGCAACUCGUCCCGACAUGAUUCGGAUCCUGGCUGCAGCUUUGCAUGUGGUUUUGAGAAGAGACAUGUCCCUCAACCGCAGACUCUAUGCCUGGCUGCUGGGCUUUGAUAACAAUGGGGUGAUGAUAGGCCCACGCAGUACUGGACAUAACAACCCGGGGGAGCACGCUAGUCACUACUUCAACACUUUCUCUAAGGACAUGCUGGUCCAGGCAAUGGUGGGAAUUCUGCAGGGCAAGGCUCGUGGAGGGGAAGAGGAGACCAUCCUCAUGCAUGACCUCAAGCCUUUUCGGAUCCUCAUCAGUUUGCUGGACAAACCUGAGCUAGGGCCAGCAAUCCUGGAGGAUGUUUUGAUUGAGGUGUUUCGGACUCUAUACACACAGUGCCGGACAGAGCUUGACCUUCAGAACCAAAGUCCAUUCAGCAAAGACCACACACACCUCAGCAGCAAAUUAAGAGAAAACAAGAAAACAGCGGAGCUGAUUAAAACAGCCAACCUGCUGUUCAACUCCUUUGAGCCGUACUACAUGUGGGACUACAUUGCCCGCUGGUUUGAGGAGUGCUGCAGGAGGACGUUGAACAAAAGCACACGGGCACAGCGGCCUUCUGGGACUUUAUAUUCUCCUGAAGUCUCAUUGGUGGAGUUCUGUCAGCUGGUCGAUUUCCUAUUGGAUAUUGUUUCCUUGCCUACUAGAAGCAUGAGGGUAAUCUGCCAGGAGACGUACAUAGAAAUCCAAACAGAGCACCUUCCUCAGCUGCUGCUGCGCAUGGUAGCAGCCUUGACCUGUCAUCUCCAGGCCCUCGGCCUUGGCGAACUCACCCACUGCCUUCGACUCUGCUCCAAGAUCCUCAGCAAAGUUCAGCCACCUCUGGUGUCUCCUUUGUCUUUGCCCCCGGGUUCACAGGGUCAGGAUCAGGAUCAGGUUCAUUCCACUUCUAAUGACAACUCGUCAAGGUCUUCUAGAGAGGGCAAAGAGGAAGAAAAACAGACUCCUUCUGCAUCUCUGGCACACUCUGACAGUGGAGAUGUCCCUGAAGAUGGACAAAAUCCUCCCAGCAAUUGCACCACAGAGAGUAGCUUCACAGACUUUGUCCAUUACAGUCAGGAUGGUCCCCAAGCAGAAAGAGUCCUACAGCCAAACCCAACGGCCAAAACUGGUUGCCGCUCCUCAGGCUCAUCCCAAACCAAGACUGUGGACAAACCAGUGAUGCAGUGCUGCCUGGAACACUUUCAACAAUUUCUUUCCCGACUCAUUAGCUUGUACAUUAUCCCUGGACAUUCAGAUGGAGCUGAUUGUGCAAAAACAGAGAUCCUGCAUUCUGGGCCUGUAGUCUCCAAAGGCCUCCAGCACUCUGAUUAUUCUGAAUCAUUAUCAGAACCGGGUUUAGUCCAGAGAGAGCGUGUUGCUGCUUUCACUGCUGCCUGUCAGCUUUUCCUGGAAUGUUCCAGUUUCCCUGUUUAUAUUGCAGAGGGAAACCUCAAGUCCUCAACCACACAGAUGGAGCAGUUUGACAGCGAACAGUUCCAUCUGCCAAUGUGGCUGCAGACUCUGAUGGACGCCUGCUGCCUGGCCAGUGACUUCUGUCUGCAAGGCGCAGCCAUCUCACUGCUCAUGGAUCUCGUAGGCCUCACCCAAUCCGUUGCCGUGGUGACAGCAGAGAGUGUUGCAUCUGCUGACAGCGCAGAUUCGUCCCAGACCAUGAGUCCCAGUCAAGGUCGAGUAGCUGUCAUCAUCCGACCUCCACUCACUCAGGGAAUCCUCAAGUACAUGGCUAACAAGACGGACUUUUUCAAGAGAGUUGCGAUAAUCCUCUGGGACCAGUUGAGUGAAGGAACUCCUCAGCACCAUCAACGCAGUGUGGAGCUCUUCUACCAGCUCCACAAUUUGGUGCCAUCCUCUAGCAUCUGUGAGGAUGUCAUCAGUCAGCAGCUCAUGCACAGAGACAAGAGAAUUCGCUUGGAGGCCCAUGUGAAAUUCUCUGUGUUGUGGCAUUUGACACGAGAUCUAAACAUUACGAAAUCCUCUCCUUUCAGUCGCACAUUUGACAGAUCUCUUUUCAUCAUGCUGGACAGCUUGAGUUACUGGGAUCCAUGUACCAGUGCUGUUGGCCGGGCCUGGUUGAACCAGGUCCUACAGAGACAUGACAUUGCUCGGGUUCUUGAGCCCCUUCUGCUGCUCCUGCUUCACCCCAAAACACAUCGAGUGUCAAUUCAGAGGGUACAGGGCCAACGGCACUGGGCCCAGGUCUUUCCAGAACAGGAUCCAUUAGAUCCUAUGAACAACAGGGACUCCGGUUUUACAGACAAUUUCAGUGACUUUAAUGGGGAAAGAAUCACAGAGGAGGUGCUUCGAAGCCAAGCCAUGGGUGACAUGGAGCCUUUCUGUCUGACUGUUAACCCUCUUAGUGACAGCUUGUCAUUGUUAAGUUUGAGCAGUGAGAAUCUACAACUUGCUGGAGAUGAUCAGGUGGCUGACCAGCAGGUGGAGCCCCACAGCUCUGUGUCCAGUGGUUCUCACUCAUCAACAGUGGAGAAUUGUAGCUUUGAAGAACAGGUUGUGUGCUCAGAUCAGCAGCCUGGUUCUUCAGACGACAUGUCUGUGGACUCUAUAGAGGAGGUUGUGACCUCUGUUAUAAAUGAGCUGAUCGACAGAGUUAUGAUUGUAGCUGAAGAAGGAGGUCUUGAAUCUCCAUCCCCACUUGAGAACUGGCCACAGACUGACACAGAUAGCAUUUCCUCUGAUACCUCAACUGGUGUUCAAGUGGACUGUGCACCGCUGUCCAACUCCAACCACCAAACCCUGCCAGAGAUGCUGGCUGAAGGAACAUUAGAGUUCCUCUCUGUCACACCAGCCGAGGGGCAGCACAAAGAGGGCAUCACCCGUCAUAGUUCAUCUCCCUCUAUCAUCACCUUGCCAGAGAGCUCAGACCCAAACACUCCAGACCACAACCUGCAAGUGGAUGACACUCAGGCCCGUAAACGUAGCCACAGCAGCACCCAACUGAGUCUCAAAGGGAAAAUCAUGGAGAGACUGGCUGACAAAUCCCCAGGGGCAAAACCGAAGAUCAAAAAGACCAAGAGAAAAGAAGAAGAGAGGCAGAGGAAGGCUGGGAAUAACUCUGACAAACUGAGACCGCCCAAUAUUUUCUUUGGAGACAGCUUGGAUCUGGAAAACUGGUACAGUUGUGGGGAAGGAGAGGUGUCAGAGAUCGAAAGUGACACUGGUUCACCCAGCACUGGUCCUGGUGGCAGUGUUGGAGGUGUCAGUGGUACAGGCCGUAGACCGUCUUCUGCUGCAGCUCGUUUCAACAUACAUCCUCUCUACCAUCACGUUCUGCUCUACCUCCAGCUGUACGACUCCUCCCGGGCCCUACAUGCCCUGUCUGCCAUUGCAGCCAUGCUAAAAGCUGCACCUUCAGGGUUUGUAAGUGCCAUCUCCACCACCAGCAUCAACAACACUUACACGCCGCAGCUCUCUCUGCUCCAGAACCUCCUGGCACGCCACAGAGUCUCUGUCAUGGGCAAAGACUUUUACUGCCCCAUCCCCCAGGACUCCCACUCCCACUCUUUUCGCAGCGCCAUGUAUCUGGAGAUCAUCAUCUCACUUUGUCUAUAUUAUCUGAGGAGCUAUUACUCUGCCCACCUGGCAGCAGGCCCUCAGGACCUGGCUGGGAACCGAGCCAUGCAGCUGACCAGUGUGGAGGUCUUAUCUGUCCUCUUCAGUGAACUUUCCAAAGCCACUGGUGGUUCAGCUAAAGGGUUUGCUAGUUUCAUCAGUGAUGUCUUGUCAAAAUGCAAAGUUCAAAAGGUGGUCCUCCACUGCCUCUUGUCCUCUAUAUUCAGUGCCCAGAAAUGGCACGAGCAGCGUGGGGCAGGGGUCAACAUGGCAGCAGUGGAGGAGGGUCUGUCAGAGGACAGUGUCAUCAAUCUCUCUGAGGACCAAAUCGACAGCUGCAGUGCAGUCCAGGCCCAGUUACUGAGGCUGCUGCAGAGCCUCGUCGUACUGGAACACAGGAUCCUGGUACCGGCUGAGGAGGGUGGAGACGGAGUGCCUGUGGGAGCAGGGGCAGGAGGUGGAGGGCCGGUGAGCGGUACAGGGGCAGGUUUUGAGAUUCUGGGUGGUGAAGUGGAGCAUGUCAACCCUCAGCAGCCCAUGACAUCACUGCAGUACCUCCACGGACAGCCAAUCACGGCACAGGGUAUGUUCCUGUGUGCAGUGAUCAGGGCGCUCCAUCAACACCACGCAUGUAAGAUGCAUCCUCAGUGGAUUGGACUCAUAACUACCACACUGCCGUACAUGAGCAGAGUGCUGAGGAGGGUGGUGGCCUCCGUCACACUGCAGCUCUGCAGGAACCUGGACAAUCUUCUUCAGCAGUACCGAUAUGAAACUGGUAUCACUGACACCAGACCUCAGUGGAUCGCCCUCUGCAUACCACCUGACCUGAUUCUUACAGUGUUGGAGGGAAUAACAGCCAUCAUCCACUACUGUCUGCUGGAUCCCACUUCCCAGUACCACCAGUUACAAAUGAGAGUGGACCAGAAGCACCUGGCUGAGGCUCGCUCAGGUAUCCUGUCCAUCCUUCACACAAUCAUGUCAUCUGUCACCCUGCUGUGGAGCAUCCUCCAUCAGGCAGACAACUCUGACAAACCAGCUGCUGCAUCAGCUGCUUCAACUUCCAACAUCAACCUAGGAUCUACAAAGAACCUACGUCAGCAAAUACUUGAGCUACUUGGUCCAAUCUCCAUGAACCAUGGAGCCCACUUCAUGGCAGCCAUUGCUUAUGUUUGGAAUGAGAGAAAACAAGUGAAACCCCCAGUCAGAAACAAGGUGAUUCCAGUAGCCAGCGAAGAACAGCUGCUGCUUGUUGAACUGGUUCGCUCUGUGAGUGCCAUGCGCACAGAGACAGUAAUGCAGACGGUCAAAGAGGUUCUGAAGCAGCCUCCUGCCAUCGCCAGGGACAAGAAACAUCUUUCUCUGGAGGUCUGCAUGUUGCAGUUUUUCUACGCCUAUGUCCAGAGGAUUUCUGUGUCCAGUUUAGUUGACAGCUGGCCGUCUCUGCUGGCUCUAUUAAAGGACUCUGUACAGUUAGGCCUCCCUGCACCAGGACAAUUUCUCAUACUGGGAGUACUUAAUGAAUUUAUUUUAAAGAACCCCAGUCUGGAGAGCAAGAAAGACCAGAGAGAACUGCAGGAUGUAACCCAUAAAGUGGUGGAGGCAAUUGUGACAAUCGCUGGCUCCUCCCUGGAGCAGACCACAUGGUUGAGGAGAAACCUGGAGGUGAAACCAUCUCCUCAGAUAGUUGUGGAUGGAAACAAUCUGGAAGCUGAUGUGGAAGAUUUAAUGCUCACAGUGAUGGAGGCCUCCAGCUUCACUCCAUCCGUGUACAGCGUUCACGCCCUCACACUGUUGGCUGAGGUUCUGGCUCAUCUCUUAGACAUGGUUUUCUACAGUGAUGAGAAGGAGAGAGUGAUCCCACUGCUGGUUAAUAUCAUGCACUAUGUCGUGCCCUACCUCCGCAACCACAGUGCUCACAACGCUCCCAGCUACCGGGCCUGCAUCCAGCUGUUAAGCAGCCUCAGUGGGUACCAGUACACACGGCGUGCCUGGAAGAAGGAGGCUUUUGACCUCUUUAUGGACCACACAUUCUUUCAGAUGGACUCGUCCUGUGUCAGUCACUGGAGAGCCAUCAUUGACCACCUGAUGACUCAUGACAAGACCACAUUCAGAGACUUAAUGACUCGUGUGGCUGUGGCUCAGAGCAGCUCUCUGAGUCUAUUCACUAACAGGGAUGCUGAGCUGGAGCAGAGAGCCAUGCUUCUCAAACGCCUCGCUUUCACCAUCUACAGCAGUGAAGUGGACCAGUACCAAAAGUACCUGCCAGAUAUACAAGAGCGUCUAGUGGAGAGCCUGCGCCUUCCUCAGGUCCCUAUCCUCCACGCUCAGGUGUUUCUUUUCUUCAGAGUGCUGCUGCUGCGAAUGUCACCCCAACAUCUCACCUCCCUGUGGCCCACUAUGAUCACUGAACUGGUUCAGGUUUUUCUCUUGAUGGAGCAGGAGUUGACAGCAGAUGAAGAUAUUUCAAGAACAUCAGGACCCUCUGUAGCUGGGUUGGAGACUACAUAUUCUGGAGGGAAUGGCUUCUCAACUUCAUACAACAGCCAACGCUGGCUUAACCUCUAUCUAUCCGCAUGCAAGCUCCUGGAUCUGGCUUUAGCUCUGCCUCCUGAGAGCCUGCCUCAGUUUCAGAUGUACCGUUGGGCCUUCAUCCCAGAGGCCUCUGAUGACUCAGGUUUGGAAGUGAGGCGUCAGGGGACUCAUCAGAGAGAGUUCAAGCCCUACGUGGUCCGACUGGUCAAACUCCUGAGAAAACGAGCAAAGAAAAACCCAGAGGAGGACUGCUCCACUCGAGCACUCACUUGGGAACCAGGUCAUCUAAUGUUGACCCUGUACGUCAUCCGCAGCAUGGAGCAGCUGCUGCCUUUCUUUAACCUGCUCAGCCAUGUUUUCAACAGCAAAGUCAGUAGCCGCUCAGGUCCCGCCUUCAGCCACAAUCCCACUGACUCCUCCUCUUCCUCGUUCAGUGGCCAAAAAGAGGGCCACAAGUUGGAGAGCCAGAAAGUGUUCUGGAGUCGAGCUCGACAAAACAUUGAGGAGAUGGUGGAGAAAGACUUCCUGGAGGGACUUAUCAAGACGUGAGAAUGGAGGAGGAAAGUGAUAAACAUGACAAUUAACACAUAACUGAUCAAGCACUAGUGAAAAAACCCUCAACCUCUGUACAUAACAGACCCAGGGAAUAAAAGAGGGGGAAAUAGAUACAUUUGUACAUUUUUUCUAUUUAUAAUGAUUGUUUUACUUUUCAAAAGCCAUUGUAAGUAAUUUUAAUUAUUUGUAUAUAUGGAGCAUCUUCGAGUACAAACUUAUAACAUGUCAUGCAAAUCAUUUGGGACAAAGUGAGGAUUCAGUGCCAUUCCAUGUUGAUGUAACUUAAAUAAAGAUUUAUAACAGAAGGGAAACAUGAUUUUUUCCACUCUUUCUCUUAUUGGAAUUUCGCAGUCACUGACUGAUGAGAGAAUGUUUUUGUAUCACAAAAUGUUUUACAGUUAAUUCAAAGUGAGGAUAAAAAAAAGUAUUUGCAGACCCCCACCACCCAGAUGAGACAAAACCUGAGCUCUUUAACCACAUACUAUGUAUUGAGAAAGGAGGUAGGGCCACAAAACUAAGAGAAUGCCAUACCAGGAGGAAAGACAGGGACACUGGAAAGAUGCUUUAGUGCAUCUGGGCCUGGAACCUGUCCUUGUAAAAAUAUACAGUAGAAGCAUGCCUGUUGUGUGAAUAUGUGCUGCAGGGGGAAAAAAAUAACCUUUUUGUUUCACAUUUUAUUUGCUGACAAAAUUAAAAAAUAUUUUGAAUAAAAUCGUUCAUGGCGGCCCUUUAGUGUUAGCCUGACCUUCAUAUCCUACUAGGAGAAUCAUGAUGAAGCUUCAUCACUGUUUAACCCUUUACAUGUCCUCUCACGUUUUCUCGUCUCCUCCCUUACUCUCGCGAUGAUACCAAGGCUGCAGCGACGGUUGGCUGGAUCUGCGUCAUCUGACUCAGGAGAUGGGGGCGGGGCGCUGACAUCAACGCGAAUAAAAAUUAAUUAAAUAAAUGAAAAGGAUGCAAAUCCCGUGCGCGCACCGCCAUACUGUGACACCGAGGAGUCCAACAGGAGAGGAGCAAGAGGAGUAGGGGAAGGAGGUCCGGAUAGUGGCGUGAUGGUGCUGGUCAGGCACUGAGGAUCCGCCACUGAUGCACAGCAACUGACGGGCUGCUGCUGCUGAGGAGGAUUAUCCCGGAGGCUGGAGUAA